AUGCAAGCGGUUGAUGACAUAUUCCAAGAGUUACUCAGCAAAAUUGGCGAGCCCAACGGCACAAUCUCUGGCUUCUGUGGGGAAAUAUAUGAUUCGAAUGCGACAUGCAUAAAAAGGUGUCGGGAAAUUGUAAAUUUAAUGCUAUACAUGAGAGGGUAUGAACAUAAAGGGACACAGGGAUUGCAGCGACGGACAGUAGACCAGGCAGAUUGGACGGCCUUUCAGGAAUAUUUAAGAUGUGUGCUAGCAGGAGAGGCUUUAGUACGACUCUAUGGCAGGAAUAGUGAUCAUGUGGACGUAAUGAAUAAGGUUAAACAGGAGUUAGCACACGGGAAAACAUUUGUGAAGCAGAAGCUAGAAAGUGGAAUAUGUGAAAACAGAGAUUGGGGGAAGGUGAUAUUCCAGUCACAUCGUAUGGGAACGGCUUUACAGAAUCGAUUAAACAGCUUGCGUAAAACGUGGACAACAGCAAAAGUACCGGCUCGGCGCGCAUCAGGGACAUGUGGAUGGGAUGAUGCACAAGACGCUGAUGAAGACGGGAAACCGCACAGUGACGACACAUGUAAUGCAAACGAAGGGGUGGUGACGCAGGAGAAUGAGCUCAUGAAGGAAAUAAAGGGCUGGGUACCAAUUGGUCCCUUUCCACACGUGCAGAAGGUGCUAGAGGACAUGCAAAAAAAUGGGGUGUCUAAGGAGAAAUGUGAACUUGAGCAGAAGAUAAGGAACGGGGUCAAGACAGUGAAGGACAGAGUGAAUCCACCGAAGAAAUCACAGCCACCGGAGAAACCGGCCGGUGCUAACGGCAAUCCGCGCGGCCCUGUCCAAACAGUAGGGGCGACACCGGUAUCACCACCGGGAAGUGGGACGCCGACGUCGCCAUCUGGUGGUGGUGGUGGUAAGGGUGGUGCUACCGGAGGAGGGCAGGGGCAGGGCAAGGCUGGACUAGGACAGCAUUGUGAUGGCGACUUCGCACGGCAGCGCCUGCGUAGCGCAGUGUAUGUGGUGCCCCCACGUGAUGUAAGUUAG